UAUUCUAUAUUGUCCUGUGUUAUCACAGUUGCUGAUAAUUCUGUUAUAACAUUAUCAGCAUUUAUCCCAUUCACGGAACAGAGACUCUGCAGACUCUUUCACAAGCCCGAGAUUCCUACGUAUUCCCAUCACAGUCACUCUAUGUACCAGCAGCAGCAGCAGCAGCAGCCUGCCAUUAUCCUGAUUCCCGAUGUGCGUUGAUAACAGAGCGCGCGUGUACGUGCGUGCGCACUGUGACCGAUGCCGACGGCUGCACAGCAGGACGUUUACUACUACUAUAAACACAAUCAUGUACGGUGUAUAUUUUGUUGAUAACGACAAGAUAGACCACCAUUCGAGAGGACGACUUUGGAAAAAUUCGUAUUUCGUUUUGGAAACCUGAAUCGCCUUUGAUCGGACCGCCGCCGUGCGUCUCCCUGCUCACCCAUCCGCUUAAGGUUCGACGCGUUCCUCGCGCAUCGGCACCAUACUGCAGUCCACCACAGUCCACAGCUUCCUCACAAUAUUAUGCGGUCCGUCUGCAGCGAAACAAAUGCUGGUUCGUGUCCGGCCGUCGUGUGAAGUGGGUCUUGCCUGUCUUGCAAAUCGCUGAAACCAUGUUGAGCCCCAGCAACUAUAAUUCACCGCUGAACGAAGCACGGGGUAAUGAUGUGCAGUUACAAACAGACGUUGGAAGAAAAGUCAUUAGUGAAUAUACGGAAGUGAUCAAAUCUUCUGAUGUAGAAAAAAUUAUUGAAUAUGAAAUAAUAACUGUCGGAGGAGUAGAUGGCAGAACAUUUACAAAUUUAGAAAAUUGUUUACCAAAUGAUCCAUAUGAUGAUAAUCAAGAUUCCAUUUCAAAAUGUGAGGUGUCUAUAACGGAUAUAUCACCAACAAGUUAUAAUGAUCAAAUAUCAUCUGAUGGUACACGUAAUGAUAAUCAAGAUUCUGUUUCAAGACGUGAAGUAUCUAUAGAAAAAAUAUCACCAAAAGAUUAUCAUGAUCAAAUAUUAUCUGAUGGUAUAUGUAAUGAUAAUCAAGUUUCCAUUUCAAGAUGUGAAGUGUCUAUAGAAGAAAUAUCACCAACAGAUUAUGAUGAUCAAAUAUUAUCCGAUGGUACAUGCAAUGAUAACCAAGAUUCCAUUUCAAGAGGUGAAGUGUCUAUAGUAGAUAUAUCACCAACAGAUUAUCAUGAUCAAAUAUUAGCUUAUGGUACAUGUAAUGAUAAUCAAGAUUCCAUUUCAAGAUGUGAAGUGUCUAUAGAAAAGUUACCGCCGUCAUGUAAAACAAAUCAUGUGUUCAAUGUAGAAAAUACCAGUUUGGAUCAUUUAAUUGAAUGUGUGGUUGAUGACUCAUAUGAAGAAAAUAAAUUACACAUGGAAGCAGAAGUAAGUUUGGACGAUGCUUUCAGACAAUGUUUAAAUGAAAUAAGUGGUGACUCUGAUGGCGAUUAUAAUUUUGAUAAUAUUUUAAAACAAUUAAGUACAAAUGGUUUAUCAACCGAAACCAAUCACAAAAGAAAAAUAUUACUUUCAGAUGAACAUAUUGUUACUGAAGCUGAUAAAGAUAAUAAUAGCAAUUGUAGCUGUGGCUUUUCUAAAUUUGAAAAUACUAAUAAAAAAAGAAUAGUUGAUGGAAUGAUUGACAUUUCAAGACAAUCUCAUUCAAAAUCUUGUCAAGAAAUUUGUCAUAAUAUAUUUUUUGAUGAAUCCGAAAUAGAACCCUUUAAAAAGACUUAUAAAAGAUUUUUACAACAAUGUAUUUGUCUUAAUCUUCCUCCAGCGAUUGAUAAAUGUAUUGAAUGUCGUGUUUACCAAAUGAAAAAUAAUUUGACCAGACGUGAUUAUGAUAAAAUUACGUGUAGGUUUUAUGCAUUCCGCCAAUUAAGAUUUCGAAAAUCUGGAAUAUUGGCUGUCGCUGGGUAUCCAGAUCCUUAUAAAAAUAUGACACUUAUCGAUUUUCAUAUGUGGUUACCUAGGAAAUAUGAAUCUGCUCCUUGUGAUUUUAACAUUCGAGCAUCAAUAAAAAUUUUAGAAGAUGCAGGAGGUCAGUUUUGCAUGUUGGUUAAGGAAGAAAUAGACGCACUAAAAUUGAAUUUACCAUAUAAUGGAAAACCACGAAAGAUACUAUGGAAAAAAUGUGUGAAAGGAGUUAGAGAAAUGUGCGAUGUUUGUAGAACGACAAUAUUCAACCACCACUGGUGUUGUCGUAAAUGUGGAUUUGUAGUUUGUGUUGAUUGCUUUAAGACCAAACUCAAAGAUACUCCACUAACUGAAAAACAAACCAUCAGCAAUUUCAACAAAAAAAUUUGGUUACUUUGUUCGAACCAGAAAGAGCAUCAGAUUGAAAAACUUUUUAUAACCCAAAUACUGGCUGGGAAUACUUUAAAAUGUAUUUCAGACCUCAUGCACGACACAUGUCAUACUCAUAAUAUACCUUUAGGUUGUAGUUGCAAUGAUAAAUUGGAAAAGAUUUUUCCUCCUAAUUUUAUUGAUCCUGCUUUUGACAAAGUUUUUAAAAUGUACGAACAGCCUAACUCUGAUGAUACAAAUUGUCAUGGAGGUGACGAAACUUUAGAGUUAAAGGCUUUAAUAAAUAGACAAUAUGAACAUUAUUUGAAGUAUUGCGAUAAUGAUUCAAUUAAAGGGAUUGAAGAAGUUAAACCAGGAGUAUUUAAAAUUAAAUCUGAAGUGAAAUCUGAAGUAUUUGAAAUUAAAUCUGAAGUGAAAUCUGAAGUAUUUGAAAUUAAAUCUGAAGUGAAAUCUGAAGUAUUUGAAAUUAAAUCUGAAGUUGAAUCUGAAUAUGAAGAAUGUGAUAUUAUUCAUAAGAAAAAUGUUGAAGAUACAAUUUAUGCAUUUGAACAUAUCAAAGAAAAAGAAUGGUUUCCACCCAAAUUAUCAUUAUUGUCGAAUGAUAAAACCCACGCAUCUCAUAUGUGGCUGUGCGAAGGACAUCUGUUACGUUUGUUAGAUCCAAAAAGUGACAUUAACUAUACAAUUUUUCAGGAACAAUGGAGGCGUGGACAACCGGUACUAGUGAGUGAUGUUGGAAAUAAAUUAGACUCUUCUCUAUGGCAUCCAGAAUCAUUUUCCCGUGAUUUUGGCAAUCAGAUUAAUGACCUGAUUGACUGUACCACUGGCAAUGUAAUUUCAGACCAACCAAUGAGCAAGUUUUGGAAUGGUUUUGAAAAUUCUGAGGAAAGGUUGUGUGAUAAAUUGGGCAAUGUAAUGUUACUGAAACUAAAAGACUGGCCGCCUUCGGCAGAUUUUGCAGAAACAUUGCCCAAUAGAUUUCAAGAUUUGAUGAAUUGCUUACCACUGAAAGAGUACACACACCGUAAUGGUAAAUACAAUUUGGCUUCUCGUCUGCCAGAUUGCUACGUUCGGCCAGAUUUGGGCCCAAAAAUGUAUACAGCCUAUGGUAAUGCAGGUACAACUCACAAACAAGUAGGCACCACAAACCUGCAUUUGGACAUAUCAGAUGCUGUUAAUGUGAUGGUUUAUGUUGCUAUCACAAAGAACUGCAAAGAUUAUGAUUACGAUUGGCACGUGAGGGAAGCAUUACAAGUAAUUGAAGAAGCUGGGUGUGAUGAUUUGACAUUAAGACGGAUUUAUGAGCACGGAGAAACUCCUGGUGCCCUGUGGCAUAUUUACCAUGCGUCAGAUGCUGACUCGAUUAGGGAUUUGUUGAUCAAAGUUGCAGUUGAACAUGGAACACCUCUAGAACAAUUCAGCGAUCCAAUACACGAUCAGUCCCACUAUCUAGACGAAUACCUCAGGGAGCGCUUGUUUAGAGAAUAUGGUGUCAAAGGAUAUGCGAUUGUUCAGUAUUAUGGCGACGCAGUGUUCAUUCCAGCCGGAGCUCCUCACCAGGUUAGAAAUUUACACAAUUGUAUAAAAGUUGCUGAAGAUUUUGUAUCACCAGAAAACGUGCACCAUUCAUUUCGUAUGACGCAAGAGUUUCGGCAACUAACCGACAGUCAUACUAACCACGAAGACAAAUUACAGAUCAAAAAUAUUGUAUUUCAUGCAGUCAAAGACUCAAUUUCAGUGUUGAUGCAUACCCCACACAAUCUAUAACAAAAUUAAAAUAUUUGUUGCACCCACAAAUAUUAUUGAAAUAGUAAAUUAAUAUUAAUACUAUAAGCAUUUUUUUUACAUUUCAAUCGAAAAUUACCAUAUGUUGCCAUUUCAAUUUUAGUCAGUUUUUUUUUUAAAGUUUUAAUUGUUCUAAUUAACAUAAUAAUUUAUCAAUUGUUUUAAGAUUUUAAGGCUGUGUACAUAAAUAUUACUUAUUGUUAUCACUUAUAAUUAUGGUUUAUGAAAAAUAAAUUGAACUACUAUUUUAUUAUUUUUUAGAAAAUAUUUUCUGUACAUGAUAAAAAAAUGUAUACUCAUAUUUUUGUGGACAUAAAUUGUCGCUUCAGACUGUAUUUAUAUUUAAAUUAAUGAAGCAAUAAUUGACUAUCCGUCUGUAUAAGUAAUUUUAAGUGAACUUUGUUACUCUAUUAUGUAAGUAAUAAAUUAAGGUAAAUGUUGACAAUUAAGAAGAUGCUAUUUUUUUAAUGUAUUGCAUAAUUUUUUUUUAGAAAAAUUUAAAAAUUAAAAAAAAAAUUAGAAUUUUAACUGAGCCUUGUAUCGAAAUUUCUUCAUCUCAUUCAUUUAAUACCAAAAUCUUUCUUUUAAUUUUAUCCUUUUGUUUAAAAAGUAAUAAUUUAAGUUUUUACAUUGAAAACUUUUGUAUACACGAUCAAAAAUAAAUUGUUGGUGGUUUUGACCAACAAUAAGUUCCGGCAAAUUCUGUGAGCUUGCUAAACCAUGGACAUACACUAAAUAGAAUAUUAGUUGAUUUUUCCACCUGCACGUGUUGUCUCCGUUCAACAAACAUACAACAUAGCAAAAAUUGUUUAGAGGUAAAUAAAACCACUCAAGCUAAAUAACUAACUUUUCAUAGUAUUAAGAAGAGGACAUUUAGAGUGCAACAUCAUUUUUAAUUUUUCGAUAUCACAAAUACAAAAAAAGU